AGGCUUGGGGUCUUGGCCAAGUCUUGUUUUGAUUGGUUAAUCAGCCUGUCUUUUCCUUUUCGUUACCUCCUGAAAUCCAAUUCGAAUCUUGGCCCUUCCCAUUCUUUGCCCUUUGCCCUCUCUGCCAAUGCAGUCCGGUUGCUUAGUUGUUUAGUUGGUUAAUUUGUCUUUUCCUUUUUUGCAGCCCUUUCACGUCGUUGACGUCGAGUUCCACUAUCAUUCAAGUCCAAACCCUCUCGUCUCCGAAACAAGUCGUGAUUUACAUCAUAUCAUCUCUAAACCAGGCCAUAUCCAUUCGUUGUCUAUUUUCCAUCAUUUCUGUCUCCCUUCCUAGUAAUUCGGUAUUGAAGUUCCUUCGCUUCCCCUACUCUCUUCCCGAGUAGAUACAUUUCGCAUACCAUGGUGAGAUUAUCUACGCCGGUGCUGGCUGCGCUAGGCCUGUUUGCCGACAGAGCGUUCGGCGCCCUGGAAGUAAACCUCGACGAUCCAGAAUCUAUCAAGACGGCUGCCGCUCAAGUCGCCGAAGACCUUCUCACUUUCUAUCAUGGCGACGAACCGGGUAUGGUUCCCGGUAUCUUACCCGGUCCUCCCCCCGACGGCGACUACUACUGGUGGCAGGGUGGUGCAAUGUGGGGUACGCUGCUGGAUUAUCGACACAACACCGGCGACAAGCAGUUCGACGAUCUGAUAACGACGGCCAUGCUGCAUCAGGUAGGCGACAACGCUGAUUACCUGCCGAGCAACUGGUCCGCGUCCAUGGGUAACGAUGAUCAAGCUUUCUGGGCCUUGUCGGCCAUGCUGGCCACCGAGAUAGGAUACACGGAUCCUCCAGAGGACCAGCCGCAGUGGGUAGCGUUGGCGCAGGCUGUAUUCAACGAGCAGACAAGCGAAGACCGAAGAGUUCCCGACGGACGAUGCAAAUGGGGUCUCAGAUGGCAGGUUUACUCGACCAACAAUGGAUACGACUAUAUCAACACCAUCGCUAACGCUUGCUACUUCAACAUCGGUGCCCGAUUGGCCCGUUAUUUCCACAACCAGACCUAUGCCGACCUUGCAAUCAAAACCUGGGAUCUGAUCGAUAAUCUGGGCUACAUCUCGGACAAGUGGGAUGUCUACGACGGCGCCCAUCUGCCCGAUUGCAGCGACCUCAACAAAGCCCAGUUCUCCUACAACGCCGCCAUGUUGCUACAGGGUGCUGCUUUCUUGUAUAACUACACCGAUGGCGAGCAAGUCUGGAAAGACCGCAUCGAUAACCUUGUAGACCGCAUGAUCGAAAUUUUCUUCCCCGCCCCCGCUAAUAUCGCAUUCGAACCGUCUUGCGAAAAUCAGCAGUGUAACUCCGAUAUGGAGUCCUUCAAGGGAUUCACGCACCGAUGGAUGGGCACGACUAUGCAGGUGGCACCCUUCACCAAGGAUAAGAUCCUGCCGAUUCUCAAGGCAUCCACGCAAGGCGCCGUGAAGCAGUGUACCGGUGGUACUAACGGUCGGUUCUGCGGCUUCCAUUGGACUACCGGAGUUUUUGACGGCGACGUCGGUGCCAGUCAGCAGAUGAACGUCCUGGGUGCCUUGGUCAGUCUCCUAGCUCCCGACGUCCCGGCACCCCUUACCAACCAGACCGGUGGUACUUCCAAGGGUAAAGCGAACGCCGGUUCCAGCGACCCCAUAAUGCCUACGCUCGCUCCGAUCACCGGCGGCGACAGGGCGGGUGCGGGCAUUCUGACAGCCAUCGUCAUCGCAGGAUCACUCUCGGCCUUCGCAUGGAUGAGUUUGGACUAAGCGGAGGUGUAUUAGAAUACGUAUUAGAAGGUCAAUAAUGGAUUUUCUGGCGUAGGCACGUGUUUUACAACCACAUAUUGAUCUUAUUUGGAAUUUUGUUCAGGAAACGAAUACCCGGGACUACCGAAUCGUCGAACCGACGAGCGGAUUUGUACAUAAGCAUUCUUCCCUUUUAGUACCUGUCUUUUCUAGUCCGCCACAGUUCAUUUCUAGGAGUUCAUAGGACUUGGCUGCCGAGAUUCCGGCAUGGUAGGGGACGCCCGUAGGAGAGUGGAAGAAGCAUGGAAUAAUCCAAAGAAUUGGACAAUAUAGACUUAAAUCUAAUUCAACGCAAUGGUGAUACUGUUGUCUAAUGCCUAAUAGUGGUUUAAUUUGCUUUGUUGAGUGGCGUAGGUUGAAACGGUACCAGUAACUACCUAUACAGAGA